AUGGACUCGACUUCAAACACAUCCGUCGUCAACGGGCACGCCUCCUCAAGCCGCGCCGCCUACCCAAACGAGGCCCAGCGCCUCCAUGACCAACGCUUGCAACUCUUCCUCGGGGAUGACGAGUCCCCCAAUCCGAUGAUACCUCGCACGACGACCUCCGUCAAGCAGCAUAAGAAGAAAAUGUCCCAAAAAAUACACAAGAUCAUGUCCAAGGCUCAGAAAUGA